CACCCAUCCCCGUAGUGGAGAUGAAACAUCCUUGCUUCGACGAACGUCUCUUCUCCCAACCUCCACCAGCUACGAGCACGACAAGAACAUCAAAUGGACAAGUUUAGAGAAAAACUCAACAGCAUUCGCGCCGAGGCCGAGGAAGCUCUGGCCCGUGCUGAGGCAGCUGAAGAAAGCUUGAAAGAGAAAGAACAUGAAUUGGCCCGGAAGGACCAAGAGCUGGCUUCCUUGCACAAGAAGAACGAGGAUUUGGAGGAGCAGGUGGAUCAACUCGAGCAAGAACUCAAGGAUGUCAAGGAACAAGCCGAGUCUGAAUCGAACCAACAGUCUUUGAUCGACAGUCUGAACCGCAAGAUUGAGUCGCUGGAAGAGGAACUCGAAAACAGCGACAAGAGCCUGCGCGAGACAACGGAGAAGCUCCGUCAAAUUGAUAUCAACACAGAGCACACCGAGCGCAAGAUCCAGGCUUUGGAGCACGAGCGUGAUGAUUUGGAGGUGCGUCUGGAGGAUACGACCGAUAAGUACAACAAGGUUAAGGCCGAAUUGGAAGAGGUCAACCAAGCCUUGGAGGAUUUGUAGACGGAUACGCUUCUAUUUCGAACAACGAAUGCCGUCGACGCGUCUUACUGUUCAGCGACUCUUGUCAGUUUAAUUCUCGCUGUUGGCUAUGUCGUUCUAUUUUGGUCCUUUUGGCGUUAAUACACAUGAGCGGACUGUGUUUUGUGCUUCUCAUUGCUCAUCUGCACGAUCUACCCUUAUUUACACUCUAUCUUUUUAUAUACACUCACGCACAUGUUUACAUUUCACAUACACCCACCCAUACAACUUGUUGUGCUAGAAUAGGUUAGUGUUGGAUCUGUUAAUCCAAUGUCUUGCUUAG